GACCUCUCAAGGAGGUCGAUAGUGGCCCAAAAAUUAAUGUCCAUGAGACAUGACGCGCACCCGCGAAGGGCGCAGCGUCGGUCCGCUCACCAGCGACGACCAGCACCGAUCACAAAGUAGUCCAGUUGCUCACCGCACUCCCCUCGUGCAACCAUACCAGAUCGUGCUCGAGAACCAACGAGCAGAAUCUGCUCUCCCCAUCUCUGACCCACACAAGCCAGAGCAGGGGUAAGGAAAUGUGAUUUCCUCAUCUCUCCUAAGAGAGAUUAUCUUGUCAUAAGUUCAUCUCGACGAACAACAAGAUACUAGCAGGUGUUUGCAUGCAGACAACACCAGCAAAAUGGGGGCCACAUCGUGAGCCUUCCCAGAUUGCCUGGUUGCAAUGUCAUCAUGCAUACGUACAGCCUCUCAGAUUUCCUGGAGGACUCCUGGUGUUGGUUGGUUUCUCGAUCCCACAGGCUACAUAGGACGCCAUCCUAUGCAUCUGCGCUCGAUAGCGCAGAGCGAAGCCGAUAAGGAGAGAGGUAAGACGGACAGCUCAUGUUUAUCAGACAGGUGCGAGAGGGUCGAGCAGAUCGAAGAGCUCGCCCGUUUGGCCAUCGCUAGUACCGUCCUCCAUCGACGAAGAGAACUGGAGCGG